GAUAGAUUCAAUAACUUCGUAGUUCGUAAUACUUGCGAUCUGGAGUUCUGCAAUAAUUCUAACUUCUAAGUACAUUUAUUAUGUCGGAUGUCGGUAAUUUAUUAUUGCUAAUUUAAUAACCAUUAUAAUAAAUCGUUAUUCGAUCGUCUGCCAGUCGCGGUUGUCGACAAGAGAUCCGUUUGUGUUCGACAAUGGGCUCAGAACAGAGUUCGCAAUCCAACAAUAGUGAUUCGGGUGCAAAGAAUCCAAAACUUAAGAGGGGCAAGUCGGUGCCCGAGAGUUCUUGGCCAAGGAAUUCGCAGGAUGGUCAGCACAGCAGGGCGGCUAGCGCAAACACAUCACCUGGCCACAGUGUGUGCAGCGAUGUCGACUUACCGUACAUAUCGUAUACGGUCAACCGACCAAUAGGAGAUUCACCAAAGAAACCUAGCAUCAUGAGCCGAGGCCGAUCGGUGCAGGUGGAAUCCCAUCGAUCUGUAAAGAAAGCCCCUAAGUCCACGCCUAAACACAACAUUGUGGUGGUCAGGGCAGCUAUUCAAGAAAACCCAGACAUGGAUGAGGACCUAUAUCGAAUGAAGCAAGUACCAUCAUUUUUACCAAUAAUACGUGGCACCGUAUCUUUGCCAGCAGCCAGAGAUCGAGAAGCAUUAGAGAGAAUCGAUUCAAAUGCAUUUUACAGGCUGUGUCAACUUUAUCAAGCCUACAUGAGUCGUUGUGCCAAAGCAGUGACUGCCGAUCAAGCUUUGAUCAAUAAACAAAUUUUGGAGCUUGACAAUGAAACCACACAAGUAUUAAAUUCAUAUGUUGCAUUAUAUAAACAAUAUGCCAAAAUCAAUGAGCAAUUCAAAUGCAUCGAUGACAUGAACAAACAACUGAAUUCUUGUCAUCUAUUGUUAAACAAGACACUAGACUCUGUACAGCUGUUAAAUAAUAAAUUACCUCCAGAUGAACGUUUGGAACCGUUUGUGUGGACGACGGGUUAAACAACGACUGAUCACAUCACCUUCACAUCACCUUUAACUAGUCCCUAACAUAAUAUUUUAUAUACAUUUUAAAGUUUUAUUCCAUUGUUAUUUACUUAUAAUUUUUUUAGUUUUUUAAAAUUUUUGAUCUGUA